AUGCUCAUACGCUCGUUAUCACUCUUCCUAUCCUUGGGAUUGCUGGGGAUUGGAGCUGCCGCACAAGGCGUUCUCCUGGGUGCAGACGACUCGCGCAUCUUGUAUGACAAGUCAUGGACGGCCUCUACUGUAAACUCGAAGCUUAAAAACUCCAUUAAUGGCUCCAUCUACUUCUUCUAUGGAGGUACAGACUUGACGGUCCACUAUGCGCCUCCAAAGGACGGCAACAUGCACCUUUGGCUCGACGGAACCCAGUACCUCGACUUGAAACUUGCGGCGACUACCGCGCCACAGUCGUCUGUAGACCCCAGUCUCAAGGCGACCAUCUUCAGACUCCCCUUGGGUAGCCAUCAGAUUCACAUUGCAGGAUCUUCGAGCUCUAAAUCGGAUCCUAUCGUUUUUGGAGGACUGAAUGCGAACCUGGAGGACGGUGCGGCAGAGAGCAUGAACUUUGGCGUUCCAUCUGGCCACAAUAUAGAGAUCAUCGACAAUACGGCCUUCAACUAUAGCUCUGGAUGGGAAGUGGCCGCAGAGGCGCCAUUUUCCCAUAACUCGACGCUAAUGCGAACCAGAACCAAGGGCGCAUGGGUGUCAUAUACUUUCCAGAAGCCUUAUCGUCAAUUUGUGACCUACGGGACGCAUGGCGAACACUCUGUUGUCCAAGCGGUAUACCCAUAUCAUUCUGGACAAGUCCAAUCUAGCGUCGGCUCUCUCUACUCCCCAGUCAACGAUACGCUCGUCCAGACCGUGAUUUCUUCCAACCGCGACUGGGGUACACCGGGCACGUCUGUGAACUUUACUCUCGAAGAAGGAACGAUGGCCAUCGAUUUCAUUGCCGUAAUGUACGACGAGCCUUCGAAACCUGCCAACAAUACCGCUAAGAUCGUGGCUCCCAUCGUUGUCGUCGGAAUGGUAUUGUUGGCGACAGUCAUAUACUUCUUCGUCCGUCGAUCCCGUAAUCUCCAAGCCGCGGAAAAGAGGGAGAGCACUCAGACUCCAUACUUCUUCCAAGGCUUGUCGAAGUCUCGCUGA